AUGGGAAAGACCCAAUUAGCUGUAGCCUACACUAAGCAGCAUCGCACCGACUACUCGGCUUCAAUCUGGAUCAACGCGACAGACGAGACAACGCUGAAGCAGAGUUUCUACCGAGCGGCUCAGCGAAUUUCACGCCAAUAUCAGUCCGUGUUAUAUAUAAAAAACGCCGUGGCAAAUAAGGACCUUAAUGAGACGUUAGAGGCACUUGUCGUCUAUGACAAUUAUGAUAACGUUAGAUUCGAUCGUCGUAACGGGAUCGCAAGCAGUACGAGACCAGGAACAGCAGGUAGCUGGUCUAAUCCAGGCAAUACGCUCUCCGGCUCAGCCGUUUCAAAGGCGUACGACAUUCGAUCAUACCUCCCUGAGACCGACCAUGGUACCGUCAUCAUCACCACCCGAUCUGCAACGGUGAAACUCGGCAAACGUAUUCCGCUAGGCAAGCUGAGGGAUGUCAACGAUAGCUUAGCGAUACUUACAUCAACAUCUAAUCGUAACAAUCUUGUUGAAGAUCCCGAUGCCACGACGCUUACGCGACGGCUUAAUGGACUUCCACUCGCACUCGCAACAGCUAGGGCCUACCUAGACCAAGUAGCAACUAGCUACAAGGAAUAUCUUGAGAUAUAUGAAAAAGCAUAUAUCGAGUUGAAAGACAAUACAUGGGUGUUCCAUGCACUAGGCAACCUCUACUCGGACCAGGGCCGACUCAAAGAGGCCGAGGCGAUGUACGAACGGGCUCUUCAAGGCAAGGAGAAGGCACUAGGGCCAGACCACACAUCGACACUCUCGACGGUCAAUAAUCUAGGCAUCUUCUACUCGGACCAGGGCCGACUCAAAGAGGCCGAGGCUAUAACGGCUUCUUAUCUGUACUAG